AUGGCCAGUGUCUCUGCUGGUGACUCCCAGUGCUUGGUGUCACAGGGGCGUGCCCUUGCGGUGGAGGCGUGGUCGCGCAGCCGUAGACACCGCCCGUGGCCCCGCCUCUGCGCGCGCGAGCCUGGGCAGGAGGGCGGAGCCCGAAGCAGGGAGUGCAGCUGCGGGUGUGUGGAGACCCUAGGAGCGGCGGAGCCGGCGCUCGGAGCCGCGCGGCCAGAGCUGACGGCCGAGACAAAGGCGACGAAAAGGCGACGGCGGAUUGACCGAAGUAUGAUUGGAGAGCCAACCAACUUUGUGCACACAGCUCACGUAGGAUCUGGAGACCUGUUUAGUGGGAUGAACUCAGUCAGCUCCAUUCAGAACCAAAUGCAGUCCAAAGGAGGCUAUGGAGGUGGCAUGGCUGCCAGCGUGCAGAUGCAGCUUGUGGACACGAAAGCAGGAUAGCCCUGGUCCCAUCACAUGUCAGAAUUUCUGCAUUUUCUCUGUCCACAGUUCUAUAAUAUUUUUGUCUUGUGAUUGGAUUUUUAUUUUAAUUAUAAAAAGAAGUGUGGCGGCAACCUGUUCACCCCUGUGAUCUCCAGCAAGACGUUCCUGCUCCAGGAAGGCGGCGCCAGUCCGACCUGCCUUGUCGUCAUCGGCAUGCAUGCCUGGCACUCUGACAGAGUUCUUUGGAAGUAGCUGAAUUUUCAAUGUCUAACCCACAUCAAUCGGAUCUUAGCAUGGUUUUUGUGACUGCUAGCACUGUAUUGUUUUUGUAAUUUUCCCAUUUUAACCCUUUCAUUGCGCCUCUGGUCCUUCUGCCUUAUGAUUUUACAGGUGAGCAGAGGUCUGUAGUUACUGCCACCAAUUAUGUCUAUUUUGAAGGUGUGAGACCCAUAAGCACAAUAGUCCUUUUCAUCUGUUGGAAACUUGAGUGUAUGUCUGCACGCUCCAUGGUGCUGCCCAGAGGCUCCCACGGGAGGCCAGACACUGGCCUUGAGGAUGCUGCUCUCCUGGAGGACGCUCUUUGCAGAUAAUCAAAGUUAGGGCCUGGCUUGAUCAGAGCAGUGACAGAAAGCCUGUGUUCCAGAGGCAGUCGAGUGGCUGUAAAUGUUCAAUGUAUUUAUUUUUCGAGUAAGGACCUGUGAUUGUGAACAGAUGGUUGGUUAUGUAUCUGAGUGUUGUGGUGAAGCCCAUCCAGUUUCUCAGUGUGGUCGUCCUGUUAGCUCUUCACUCUUCGUGUACUGUCUCUGUUUUGUUUUAAAUUUUGGCCUCUGUAUCAGCUUUGGCUUGCAGAGCCCUUGGCCUUCCAGUGUUCCACUUACUAUGGAGGCCAUGGCAGCUUCCAACAGCAACCUGCUGCCUGGCUGACUCACUGACGGAGCAGCCCUCAAUGACUCUCUGUGGUCAGCAAGAGGCCUUUGCUCAGGUCCCGUUCUGUUCCUCUGAGUGCAGGUGGCUGGGCCCUGUAGUCCACAUGCUGCUGCAGCUUAGCAUUCAUCUGGAAGGUGAGCUUAACUGAAGUUAGAGUACUGAAGGCAGUUAGGUCCUCGUCCAGAGAAACUGUGAUCAUUUUUCUACCUUCUGCCUUCUUCAUCUGUCCCUGUCCAGCACUGCUGCUGUCCUGAGAAUACCGACUGAAGAGUCAGUGGGCCAGUGCAGGCCAAGCUGAAAGAUUUCCUUGUAUUUCCUCUGGUCUUAGUUUACCAGUAGGGUGGAACACUGGAUGGCCUGGUCCUUUGAUUUUGCAAUUCUUACCGUUCAUAGGUGUCAAUCCUGAGCACAAAGAAAAUCUGUGGAGAAACAUUUAAUUCACUGUCUUUAAUUCACCAUGUGGACACUGCACUCUUGAGUUUGUCAUUCUGCUUAGCCAGGAUGAGGUUCCUGCUUGGGCCCAGCUGUGUGCAAACUCUUUCUGUAUGACAGACAGGGAUUUCUUGGCAUCUUCAGCACUGAUGGAUGGGACAGCACAGGGAGCCAUUGUCCCCUCCCCCUUCACUCUGCUGCUCCAAGGCCAGUCAUUAAUAAACCAAAGGCUCCCGGAGCCUGUGAUGGCCCUACAGCUGCCUCAGUCAGACCUCUUCUCAGCACAGUGAGACACUGUACACAGAAGGUUCCAGUAACGUUAAGAAAAUGUACACAGUAACUAACCUUGUACAUGAUGGUUUUUUUUUUUUGGAGGCUUAAGGAUGCUGGCAAGGAUGCAGGGAGGCAAACUUCCCACCUCCCUACGGGGGAUUGUAAAUCUUGGGAACUUGUUUGUUUCCUCAUAGUAACACAUCUCAUUUUUAAAUUGGAGCUAAUAGGAUUUUGUACCCAGAAUUUAUUAUAUUGUUAAUACUUUUCUGAAAUACACGGUAACAACUAGUAAGCCAGAGACACAGCAGGUUGUACAUGUGGAUUCUGGUAGCAACAACAUGCUGGGCACAACUUCUCCAGUGGGCCUGGGAGGUUUGUCCAUUAGCUUCCCUAUGGUUAAAUAGAGCUGUUGGUGUAGAGCGGUUUGCCUUGAUCUGUUCAGUCACUUCUGCUCGGCACCGCAAGAGAAGAUGGACGUAUUUUUAUAAUAUAAGCAUACUUUUUUUGUACAUUGUGUUCAUUCUUGAAUAAAGUGAGCUCACUGUUGGCUUGUAGAUAUUAAAAAGAAAGUAUUGAUUUUGAUUCAAUAAAUGUUUUCUUUUAGUCCUG